AUGCUUGUCAAAGAAGAUGAGAUGAGCUUAACUCUCGUUGAACUAUUCAGGAUGGCUAAGAGAUGGAGCCUCCUCAAGAUCUAUUUUACAUCCACUAUGAGGAGGGAUAAUGGGCACUAUCUCAGAUUAUUCCUGAAUGGUUUACUACUGCUAUGCUGCUCAUUGGCUGCUUCCGACUCCAACAGUUCAGACACUGGUGCGGACUUCUUGCAGUCUGUCAUUCAGCGUAUGCAACAUGAGAAGUUCAUCAACUCAGACGAGGAUCUUAUCCAUAGCUACCGACCAACCCCUGUCCCACAGCAGUAUGAGUCAAUGGCCGGAUCUGGAGAGGGACCCCACCAAGACAUACCUCCACUCUCCAAAGGUGAACUGCUUGCACUCUAUCAAGCAGCUGUUGCUAAAGGAACUGGGUUGGACCUAGCCAGUCUACCCACUCUGCCAUUGACCUCUGAUAUCCAUCAGAAUCAUGAUGACUUGGUAAGUCCGAGUGAUCAAGGCACUUUGCCAGGGUACUAUUACUACUUCUACCCAAUCAAGAGUUUUCUACCGAACAGCUCAAAUGAGCAGACAACACCGAUGAUGAAUUCCUCAGAGCAGGGCUCAGCCUCACAUAUGCCCAUGCACAUGAUGAUGAUGGAUGAUGGCAGUGCCAUGAUGGAAGACAUGAAGGAGACCAGAUUGGAUCCGUUAUUCCUGGCCAUGGCAGGGUUUGUCAGCAUGGCGACUAUCGUGUCUUUUUCAAUUCUGUUUCUGCCCAAGUUCGGAGACAACAGAUCUCGGCAGAAGGCUGCUCUCAAGACCUUAGCUGAAGAUGAGGAAGAGAUGGUCAGUUUGAGCAGAGUGGUGGGACAAGCUAUCCAGGGACGUGACUGCACAGACAGACUCGCCUGUGAGCUUGGCAGAGCUAUCCUUAAGAUGAAACUUGGCCAGAAACCUCUUAGGGUAAUAGAGGUGAUGCUCCCAGCCAACCUCGCUAGGCAGAUGGCCCAGAUCAGGCAACAUAUGUCCAAGAAGCAGAAAUGUCAACUUAUCCCGUGUAAACACAAAACACAGCAAAAGCAAAUAAAUAAAAAAAGGCAAAAACCUCAGAAACAUUAAAAUUACAGUAGUUACUAAAUUAUGUGAUAUAACUUAUUUAUUUAUAUAGGGUAAGAAGUAUCAGUAUAAAGUACACAGUACUCUUAAAGACAUUUUUGUAUAGAAAACCAUUAAUUUUAGACUAAUAACUAAUUUUUUAACAGAAUUAAGAUAUUCACAUCUGAAACCAGGUAGAACUCUAUAUAUUAAUUUUGAGAUAAUUUUCAAAUCUAUCAGACAGUAAGAACUUUUUUUGAUUCCAUAAUAACUCAUUGAUUAUGUUCUCUUAUGAAACAAAAUGCCUAUAAUCUUUUAUAUACAUUGAGAAGUUCUGUAAAAAGUUUAUUCAUACAUUUAGCCUUUAUCACAUAUAAUACACAAUUUUGAAAUUCACUGCAAAUUAUGUUACACCCAUGUAUCACAGUAUGAUUGUUGCAUUUGCUAGUAGCUCUACAAUUAUUAAAACAUUUUUUUA